CGUUGUCACUCAGAGCGGACUCAUCGGUAGCUGCAUAUCUAUUCUUUCAAAAAAGAAGCAUUCAUGGCUUCCCCUGCAGGUGGAGAUUUUUCUAUGGCGGAACAUAGAGUCGUCGGAGUGUUAUACCUUGUAUCCGGUUUCCUUGGAAUACUUGGAAAUAUUUUGAUAAUUGCAAUACUUCGUGGAGAAAAUGCCAUUACUGGUUGCCGGUCUAAGAUUCACGUGCAGUUCGCCAUUGCAAACAUACUGAUAGUCGCUGGUAUCCCGCUUUCUGGAUCGUCUGCUUUUGCAGGGAGCUGGCUGUUUGGCGAUAUUGGCUGUCAGAUGUAUGGCGUGCUAACUUAUACAGGGGGUAUGGGCGCCGUGACAUUUGCAGGUCUCCUCUGCAUUCAACGUUACUACAGCAUAUCACUUCUGAACAUUUAUGACAUGAGCGGCCGUUCACUGUUCCUGUCAGUGCUCGGAUGGAUAUAUAGUGUUGGGAUAGCUAUUGGUCCUGUUUUAGGAUGGAACAGUUAUGUUAUUGAGUCGUCUGGUACUGCAUGCGGACUAAACUGGCACAAAGAUGAUCAGAGCCAUCGUUCACUGUUUAUUACACUUCCGGUAGUGUCUAUUGUAAUGUUCCUGAUAUCGUUGUGGUCACUCCGGACCGCAUUUUCUCGCCCCACUCCGGAGAAGAUAGACGAGAAGGAUUGGUUUACGAAUAAUCAACUCAACUGGAUUGCCAUGGCGAAUUUGAUCAUUGUUACAACUGGCUUUGCUCCGUACGGCUUCUUCGCAAUUUGGGCUCUCUUUAACCAUGGCUCCGAGAUGACGAUGUUGGCAUCUGUUAUUCCGCCAGUGGCUGCUAAAUUAUCCACGGUUUUCUAUCCAGUUCCGUACAUUGUGGCCUCUAAGAAAUUUAGAGAGGCGUUUGCGGCCAGAACGAUCGGUAUCUGUUACGAAAAGAAGGAUAAAUAAUGUCAUCCAGAAAAAUCAGACUGUUUUUCUUAGUAUUACUCUGUUAAAAAUGAUGUUUCACAGUACAGUAUUUUAGAGCAAACUUGCAAGUAACUAGCAAUUUUUCCAAUUAGAGAUGGAGGGCAAGUUGCCUUCCGCCAAAUUGUCAUCAAGAACAAAACCCUUUUCCGUGUAAAGAACUCACGUAUUCAUUACAAUAUUUUUCGAGUUGUCUCAACUAGCAGUGUGUGAGGGCUUAUUUGAGUAUAAUAACCUGAAAGUUGCAAAUACUUAAAAUGGAUAUACAUGCAGUGUGUGAGUGUUCAUUUCAGUUUGUUUCUUUUUUUGGACCAUGAUUUCCUUCAAUUUGAUUGGCUAACAGAAUUUUUUAUAAGUGUGUAAAACAAAUUUAUCCGGUAACUUUAGUGCUGCUCACUUUUUACUGCCAUUACAGAGAUUUGAAUUAAUUUGAAAACAAUGACUAUAAAAAGAAACAAAAGUAAUAAAUGUCAUAUUUUUAUCACUCACCGUCCGGCGUCCGUAAACUUUUACUUUAAACGACAUCUCCUCAUAAACCGCUGGACCAAUUUCAUCCAAACUUCACAGGAAUGUUCCUUGGGUGAAGCUCUACAAAAAAUUAUUCAAAGAUUUGAAUUCCAUGCAGAACUCUGGUUGCCAUGGCAACUGAAAGGAAAAACUUUAAAAAUCUUCUUCUCAAAAACCAGAAGCCUAGAGCUUAGAUAUUUGGUGUGAAGCAUUGCAUAUUGGACCUGUACCAAGUUUGUUCAAAUCAUGACCCCGGGGUCGAAAUUAACCCCGACCCAGGGCUGUCAAUGUUUUUUUAACCUGCUGAUUGAUAAGAAAACUGCACUUACUUGAUUCUUGGGGAGUUUUUGGUUUUGGAUGAUGGUCAGGUUCCUACACGAUUUUACAAUACUACUAAACACACUUCAAAUAUACAUUAACAAGGAAAGUAUGCAAAAAUUGAGGGAAAAAAUGUUGCGUUUAGCAUACUGAGCAUACUAAAAAUAUGUGAUGUAUAUUUUAGUACAAUACUAUGUACAUUGCAAAUAUCUAUAUUUAAAAUACCAGCAAUCUGCGAAGGUUUAUUUGUGUAUAUUACUACAUAAAUUGCAAAUUCUAACAAGUCUACUAGGUUGCAAAUUCUAACUGUUGGAAUACUUGUAGUCUGGUAGGGCUUAUGCGAGUUUAAUGCUAUCUAAAUUGCAAAUAUUUAUAUUUGAAAGUUUGCAAUACUUCUACUUUUGUAUUACAGAGUACUAGUCGCCGGGUAAUACUGAAAACCUGGCUAAUUUCAUUAAAUUUCAUACUGAAAGGUGGAAAAAACCUUAAUUAUCAUUGCUUACAUGUUGUAAACCAAAACAUGAAGUUUCAUGUCUGGAACAUACUUGUUUUCUUUUGCGAUUGUUAGUUUUGUUGGAUUUAUCCUCUUUUAAUAAGAUAUGAAGUAUACUAAUGAGUGUCUUUUCAUGAUAAAUCAAUGAAACAAGUUGUCAAUAAAAUGAUCAAAUGCGAAGCUCUGUCGAGGAAUAUACCAGAGCGUUUAAUCAAAUUGAUUCAAGGAGUUAAAUAAAAUCAUUGUAGAAAGACACAAAUUUAGCUUUUAUCACAUGUAAGCUUUUCCUGAUCAUGAAAUAUUAAAAUUUCUUCUUCUUUAAAAAAAAAUAAGCAUGGCUUUAUUUCCCGCAACGUGAAAAAUGUGAUAAUAUGCUUUUUAACAUUCACUUACUAGGAUGAAUUAUUUUGAUGUGUAGUUUUGAUGUGUAGUGACAAGUCAAAGUAAACCUUUAGAAGAACCUCAGCUUUUUGAAAUAUAUUCUUUUGCGCAGAACAUCAACUGAUCAUUACAUCAUGUAGAACAAAUAAGCGAUUUUAGGCAUUAUGGUAUAUAAAGGAUAUUUUUUUUUUAUUUCAGAGUGAGAUUGAAAUAGCUUUCUCGAAGUUUCAUUAAAUAUCUACCAAUAACUUUUAGCUCAUGUUGUCCGCCGUGUUUUAGGUUCACGUACAUCACGCGACAAGACGCACAGCAAGAAUCGCUACAAUACGACAAGACACGCAACACGACGCGUGUUAAUGCGACACGAUGCACGACACAUGAUACAAUAAUCACGCCCGUCGUUUCACAUUGUCGUGCAUCGAAUCGCGUGGUGCAUGGUGUUGACGCGCGCCAUUCCGUGUAUCGUGUUCCGCGUCGACAUAAAACGCGACGAACGACACACGACAUAAGCUAAACAGAAUUCCAGAACUAUUAUCAUAAUCAACAACCGUAAAUAAAAUCUACUUUCUUUAAGAACUGAAGCAAGAUCAGAUGCCUCGCAUAUGUGUCUCUUUUUUUAUUUUUUCAAUUGCGUUUACAGUGUUGUGAAUAUAUAAAUGUUCUUUGUGUUCGGCAAGCUCAACAGUGCCUGAAAUGAGAUUAAUCGAUAUCACUAUAUUGUAUCUAUGUUUGCUCAUGUUAUGAAUAUGUUCAAUGUGAAAAAUGUCAUUCUUCAACAUCUUCAUAAAAUUGUUAAAAACAAGUAUGUUAAUAUCUUGUUGUAAAGUCAUGCUUUUUUCUUUAUCAUAUUUAUAUAUAUGUGUGCUUUGUUUUAUGUUGUUUUUCGAAGAGUCAAUGUAGAAGAAGGGGAAAUCUCCAGAAUACAAGUUUUGAACGGUGAAAAAUCUACAAACGUUUAUCAUUCAAGUAAAACAGACCUAACACACACUUGUUAGUGUUAAGAAAUUUUAGAUCAUGAGGAUGAAUAAAUUUUAACUAAAACUUUCUUAUUUUGAGUUCUUGUUUAAACUUUAGGAGUCAUGUAGCAUUCAUAAUAUUGCACACGGUUUUCAACAAGAAUUGAAAAACUUUACACUUGUAGACUUUUCCAACCAGACACCUUUGUAUCAAUAUUUCGUAAGUUAAUUAUGAAACUCUAUAAAGUCAAACAUUUGCUUAAAUACGAUGUUGUAGCCGAUGUCAGCUUUUAUGGUCUUUUCGCAAGCCGAACGGAGACAGAUCCAGCAGUAAACAUCUUACACAGAGACCUUAAAGAAUGAAAUAAUAUCAGUAUAAUGUAUUUGUAUCUUUUCUCAAAAUCAAUAAGAAAAACUGCCAUUUAUAAGACCUGAAAGUCAUAUAGAGCUAUUACUAUAACUGACCUGGCGGCAAAAGCUUAGGAAAAAGCAAGAGUCUAACAAUGCAAAGUGCCGUGCGCACAGAUAUCUCCAUAUCAGAAAUAUUUUAAAAUUGCUUUUGUGUCCUAUUCAGCAUACACUCAGUUCCAAAAGAAAGUGUGCACUUAGUUUUCUAUUAUUUUUUCUCGGUUAUUUUCAUGAAAACUUAUAAUGUUUGGUACCAAAAUCUAAAUCAGUUCGUAAACAAAUUGGUGUGCAUUUUAGAUUUCGAGUUAUACCUGAGAUUUAGUGUAUGAAAAAAUAAAACAUAAACGUCGGGGAAUUUUUUGAAAUAUUUAAACUUAAAAAGUGCACACUUUCUUUUGGAACUGAGUAUAUUGUUACUGUUUGCAACUUUACCAAAGUGAAUCGAAUGUUUUGUCUUUUAGAUUUGACCGUAACUAUUUUGUUUGUUUCGGUACCUGUCAUCUAUUUGCAAAAAAAAAAAAAAAAAAAAAAAAAUAUCCAAUGGUGAUUGUACAUCUGUUGUUUAAGGUUAUAUCAGUACAUGAUGGACGUUUUGAUUGAUAUGUUAUUGAAAUUGCUUUGAAUAGUACUUGUAAACAUGCUAUUGCGAUGCAGUUCGUGAAAAAGGUAUAAAUACCCAGGAAAAAUGCUUAGAAAAGAGAGGACUGAAUGAAGAAGAGAGACGGAAUCAGGAGGAACUAUUUAGAGGAACCGGAUGAUUGAACAAUACGAGAU